UUAACUUCUACUUUCAUGUCAUAGGAGACGUGUUGUUCUAAUACUUCAUGCACUGUGUUUGACAGCUAAAGUAAAAAAAACUUUAAUGGGCAUAUCAAAUUAAUUUAGCUGUGUAUACUACCCUACAUCAUUUACUAAAGUACUUCAUUAUAACCUCAACCCAAUUAUUAUACUUAAUAACAGCUACCCAGCCAGAUGUAACACUUAAAUUCUGCUUAAACGUUUUAUUUUUCACCCUUUCUUAUUUUCUUUUUCUUUUAUGAUUUACUUGUUUCAAUAAUAUUAUGCAAUAUGCAAAUAUAUGGAAGUAUUUCAGGUCAGCAGUAUACGGCGGUUGUUGCUCAAGAGCACUUACAGUAAGUCAGAGGUUUUCCUGACACAACGUGAGCUCGAGGCACGUUAUCUUUAAACAUUGGCCAGAUAAGUUGCUAAAAAAAUAAAUCAUCUGUCAUGUUGUGAGGACAGAGAGUUAAAGGGAUUAAACUUCUGAGGCAGAAUGUAUAUGUGGCUUUAUUUUUAAUCAUCAGUGCAGAAAAAUUCAAAUGAAAUAAUAUAUCUGUAUAUCUAUAUCUGUGUAAUUGAGAUAAGUAACAUAAGUAAUCGAAGAAUUGUACUUACAAAUGAAAAGGCUAAAUUAAUGAAUAUGUGCAUAUAGCAUAGCACAGUAGGAGUAGAGCAGAGUGCCUCGUUUGUCAUUAUACUGGGUUAUAUGGAGGUAUUCAUGUUAAUAUGCAGACUCCCCAUAUACAUCUGCCAGUAACAUCUGUAACAUUCAUAUAAUAAUGUAACAUAAUAUUCUGUAGUGUUGUUCCACAUGCAGAGCUUUUAACUUGCUCACCUUGUGCAAAAGGGAACCCACCAGUACCAGGAAACAGCCCGGCAAAGGUCACGCUGAUUAUUUAUUGGCAAUCUGCCAAGUAAGAGCGCGAGCACGUGUGUCUGUUCUGUGCGUGUGUGCGUGUGUGCACCGGCGUGCGUGUGUUUACUGGAAGAGCCUCUGCACGGAGGAGGAGGAGCCUUACGAACAUCGGCUUUACUCACUGGAAACAACCUCCAGUAACCUUCCCCGACACACGGACACGGUCUCUCCGGCAGAUACCGCCGCCACAUUCCUCCGCUCAGGAAAGAAACCCACACACUUUUUUGGAUACUUUUUUUGGAUUUUAAUGCCUGAGUUAAUAACUAAUUUAGCACUACUCUCGGGUAGUUUGCGUAUAUUUUCCUUUGGCGACGAGCGGCUGCAGUGCGGGGCUGAGCAUUUCUGCGAGCUGUGUUUAGGGUGCUCUCCUACCCAGCCCCUCUCUGGAUGCAUCAGACUCCCCUGCCCCGGGGCCCUGGACCCGGUGUGUGACCCCCGCCCCCACCCCCCCAUUCCCCCCCUUUCUCCCGUCCCCCUCUGCCCCCAAACUCCUUCCCACCUGUCACCCUCGGCACUCCUAUUCUGGGCCCCCUGCCCCUCAACCAGCGGGCAGAGGCAGGGGGCCAUGGCGCCAUGGUAGCCUUCAACGGACGCAGCCCCCUCGCCAUGAGCAGCGUGAACCCGCCAGAGGCCAGGGUUCAGGGGACCAACUUCACCCCACAUCACUACAAGCCCUUCAGGUCACAUGCACACUACCAGCAGGUGAUGUGUGCAUUGCGAAAGCUACAGGAGAGUGGGUUUUACUGGGGGGCUGUGGGGGGCCGGGAGGCCAGCUCCCUGCUGCGCUCUGAAGCCCCCGGCACCUUCCUGGUGCGCGACUCCUCGGACCACCACCACUUCUUCACCCUCUCUGUCCAGACGGCCCGAGGAACAAAGAACCUGCGCAUCCACAGCGAGGGAAAUGGCUUCUUCUUACAGCCGGACCCCCAAAACACCCAAGAGCCCCCGCAGUUUGAUUGCGUGCUGAAACUCAUAACGCACUACAUGGGGAGAGAUGGUGGAAGGAGCAGAGAAGGGGCAAGUGGAGGGAAUUCACGAGAGUCAAAAGAGAAACGUUUCAGUGUCUAUCUGAUCCACACGGGCGGAGAGAGGAUUCCCCUGGAACUGAGGCGACCCCUCUCCAGUUCCCUCUCGUCCCUGCAGCACAUGUGCAGGAGGACCCUGAACAACCUGGGGGGGUCGGAGGGAACCGAGCAGAUCCCACACACACUUAGAGAUUACCUGGAGGAGUACGACGCUCCUAUAUGACUGACAGGAACCCAAAAGUUCCACUAUAGACCAGUUCUCAGCGCAAUCACGUGAAUAUGCGCUACUGACCGGAGUUAGCCAAUGUGAGGUCAGUUUUUUCAUGUGACCCAGAUCUGCUUCGGCACCGACGGACACCACCGGGUCUCACCUCUGGAAUGAGGAGUGGGAUUUAGGUAGCAAAUGAUUACCUCGUCCGUCCUGCCUUGCAAAAACUGACCACUAAUGUGAGUGGCAAAUGAAGCAAGGGGUAAAAGGUCAAUGUUUCCUAAGACAGACGCAGAGCAGAGCCUCGUAGAAGAUUAACCUGAUUGGUCGAUAUUAGCGACGACAUGAUCAAUACACCAACAGUGGGUUUAUUGUGCUUAAGAAAAGAAACCCUCUCCUCUGUCAGCCUGACAUUUAGAGCUCUGUGGAUCAGCGGACAGAAAGAAAGACCCAAAGAACAGAAAGGUUCACAGGGGUUGAGUGAAGAAGGAGUCACAGAUAAAAGGCAAAGUCCAAGCGAGGGGCACAAAGAACAUACAGUAUUUGUUUGUCUGAGUGUGUGUGUGUGUGUUUGUGUGUUGCGGUGGCGCACACAUUUCCACUGCUGCUUCCCGCAAAUGUUGCCUCAUAGAGAGGAAUGGGAGAGCAGUGGUCAUGCGCGCUAGCUCAUAACCCUAACCUAACCCCACACACACACACACACUCACACUCACACUCACACUCACACUCACACUCACACUCACACUCACACAGGUACAGGCCAGCAUGUAGAUUUUGUGUUAGCGUGGGAACAAGAGAGUGCAAAAAAAAAGGCAUUUCAAAGCAUCUUCUCCUUCUCCUGUUUGUUUCUCCUCCAUCACCCUUAUUCUCUGCAGCCCUUUGAGUUGCAUGUGCGCUUUGACAGUGACAGAAAACAGGCUGCUGUUGCCGAAACAAAAGCUUGUUACUGAGACAAAAGCUUUGGCACGGCACCAAACAAAACAGCAGAACUUAUUUUUAACCAGACUGGAUGGAAAAAUGUCACUCUGACACUGUUAAAGCUCCUUGGGGUAUGACGACAAUGAAGAUGAACCAAGACAUUUGGGAUGAGGCAGGGUGCGAGGAAAGACUGCACGAAGGAGAGAGAAGAGCGGGAAAUGGGAUUAGGAAAGGGACAUUGAAGAGAGCUAGGGAGGGGGCUAGGGGGAGGGAGAAGGGGGAGGAGACAUACUGGUAUACUGCUAAACAAAAAACAUUGAUGUGAUGGAUGUCCCAGACUUGGAGGAAAUGAUGGGGCUCUACAGGACGCCGCUCCUGUAAAUAUAAAGCCACGUUCGCUAACAUGUGAAAAAAAGAGUUAUGGCUGAGUCUUAAUUCUGAUUUUAGACCCUCUCACAGUGAUUUAUUCCUUAACAUUAUCAUCUCAAACGUAUUUCUUUUUGUGUUCUCUCGCUCCUGGUUUCUCUUACACCGCUGUUCAUGAAGGAGGAAAUGUUAUGUGUUUUUAUCCCUGUAACUUUAGAAAAAGGCUUCUCGUCCCGUCUUACCUGCCAUGGUUACCUCUGAAGCAGGAGUGCACAGUUGGGUUUCUCUGUCUGAAUGUCAAGGGAACACAAGACUUCCUUCAAGUGAUUCUCAACAAAAAAAAAGCCUUUUGUAAACUAGAAACUCGGAUUUGAUCAGAACUGUUUUUUUUGUGUGUGUGGCUGCAACGACAGAUUCAUUUAAAAAUUAAUCUGCAGAUUAUUUUCUAAAGUAGAUUCUGUAAAAUGUCAGAAAAUAGGGAGAAGUGUCCAUCCCGCAUUCUCAAAGUCAAAGGGAAUGUUUUUAAAUGUCUUGUUUUGUGAGUAGAAAGCCCAAAGUAAUUCACUUUUCACUGAUUCAGUGAAAAAUUCAAAAAAAAUUGAGAGGCUGAAAAUGGCAAUUUCUGCAAUUGUUGCAUGAAAAAUGACUAACAAUUCAUCGAUUAUCUAAAUAGUUGGCAAUUGUUUUUCUUUACUAAUCAUUGCAGCUAUGUAUACCCAGUGCUCAUACUUACCUGUGAUCCAUAUUGGAGUGGUAGCCUUUUCACAUCAGAACAUUUUGACUUAGACAAGAGCGCUCACAUAGAACAAUAGUGAUAAACAAAUGUUUUGGUCAAAUCUCAGUCUUAUUUUUUAACACCAUGUUUUUGUUGUACAUGUGUACAGUGGACUACACGUGUAUGUGAAUCAUUUUGUCUUUUAUAAAGACUCUCGCAAAAGGCUGGCCACUAGUCUGGCAAAAUACAAGCUGUAAUAUCUGAAAUGACAAAGCAUUACAAAAAAAAUAAAUGAAAAGGAAACGUUGCACAUAUUUAUAUUUCUAAAAUAUUUCAAUAAUUUAUAUUAAAGAGCACUAUUUUUACAAAAGUCAA